AUGUUUAAUCCAGUGUUCGGCAUACGAACGCCCACCACGGACACGAACCAUAUGCUUAGACUCUAUGAGCUUAUGGAACACUGGUCAAAGGUCAUGGAAAUUGGUGCCACUCCUCCCGUGGAUUUCUAUCCUUUCUUGAAAUGGGUCCCAGAACGCUUCCUAGGCCAUUGGGUCACUCGGGCAACCGAGGUCAAGAAGAAGAUGGACUCACUCUACCAUGACGUCGUCGAAACCGUCAUAAAGAGAAGGCAGUCGAUGGGCCCCCGUGAUUCGGUGAUAGACCGAAUCCUUGACCGGCAAGAAAAGCUGGCUCUCACCAAACAUCAACUAUAUUUCCUCGGGGGCAUCGCCAUGGAAGGUGGUUCCGAUACAACUGCCUCAGGCAUUCUCGCUUUUAUGAAAGCCAUGACAUGCUUUCCAGAUAUACAAAGGAAAGCUCAGGCUGAAAUCGAUGCCAUUAUAGGUGAAAAUCGAUCUCCCACAUGGUCUGACUAUGCUAGACUCCCUUACGUUAGCCAAGUUGUGAAAGAGUCCAUGAGAUGGCGACCUAUAGGGGGUCUUGGAGUUCCUCAUGCGCUCUCUGAAGAUGUCUGGUUUGAAGGUAUGUUCUUGCCCAGGGGCAGCAUAGUUUUCUUCAACGUGUGGGGUCUCCACCAAGACAAGAGAUACUAUCCCGACCCCGACCGUUUCGACCCCGAUCGUUUUUCUGGUCGCACUCUGCUUGCGCCCGAGUAUGCCAUUUCAUCUGAAUAUGAGUCUCGAGAUCACUAUAACUACGGGGUUGGUCGAAGACUUUGUCCAGGAAUUCAUCUUGGCGAACGGAAUCUGUUCAUAGGAAUGGCAAAACUUCUAUGGGCUUUCUCGUUCGAGAAGGCCGUUGAUGCAAAUGGCCAAACCAUUGAGCCGGAUUUCAAUUAUGAGACCGGAUAUAGCGAGGGGUUCAUAGUCUGUACGAAUGACUUUCCAGCCAAGAUAACUCCACGAUCGGGGGAAAGGGUUGAGACAAUCAUGAGAGAGUUUGAUCAGGCAAAGGUGGAGAUAUUCUCUGGAUUUGAAUAG